AUGUCGGUGUCGCCUGAACCAGUCGUGCAGUCGAAUGUUCUCUACUCUGACGAGAAGGGCGAGUUCAGGUACCAGGAGGGACUUCAGUACAUGCAGAACGGGGAGUUGGAGAAGGCGAUCCUGGCGUUUUCCAAAGCAUCCUUCUUUGCUCCACACAAACCGCACCCGUUCAUUGCCUCCGCAGAAUGCCAUGUCUCGCUCUAUGAUUUCCAAGGCGCUGUGAAGCAGUACCGCCGAUCCCUAUGGCUGCUUCGGUCAUCGAACGGGCGCAGUAAUUGCUGUUCGCGUGCCUCAGGUACGGGGCGUGAUAGCCGCUCAUUUUUUUCCCCGCAAGGGAGACCAACUACCGCAGCAGAUGGUAGUUCAACUGCCUUUGGGAGUGAUUUGAUGGAUUGUAAUGGGUUAGAUGGAGUGUCAUUUUCUGUAAGUACAGAUGUUACAGGACACACCAUUUUUCGCAGAGGAAGUUCCGCUUGUACCACGGAACCGUAUGAUGAUGCCUCACUUGAGAGGGCGGUGCGGCGCCGACUGGCCGGUAUUCUCGACGCGCUGAGCAUUGUUUUGUUCAACGUGGAGGACUAUGAGCAAGCCCUCCGUUUUACUGACGAGUCACUGGAAUUAUGUAAAGAUCCGCAAGUGGUUUUGCACCGUUGCGCUUACCUGAUCGCACUUGAGCGCGAGGAUGAAGCGGAGAAAGUUUUAGAUAAGCAUAUUGAAGAGAACCCCUCAUUCUUUAUUCUUAGCUGUUCUCUGCUUGUCCACAUCUACUGCCUUCGUCAGUCGUUCAGUCCCGCGAAGGCGUUGUUGGAAAGGGUUCCUCUAGAGGAGCGGCAGCAUCCCCAAGUUCUGCUGGCACAGCACAUAUUUAGUCGCACUUACAAAACUUACCGUAAUCGCUCCAUCGACCAUUCGGACCUGCAAGGACUUACCCGUUGUAUUUCGGUGUUUCCAGGUGAUUCUACCUUGCUAUUAGAGCGCGCCAAACACUAUAUUGCCAAGGGAAUGGACAGGAAAGCAGUUACUGAUUUGUUUCGCUGCAUCAGCGCUUCUGAGGGAAGACAUGCACAUGCCAUCGACUUAAUGACAGAAACGCUGUUUCGUCUUGGUUCAAGCAAUGAUGGCCAAAGUACAACAGCCGAUGCAAUCAAAUACUACACUACUUCCCUGAUGUGGCGGCAAGACAACAUCCCCGUGUUGCUUGCCCGUGGUGAGUGUUACAUUAAGAUGGGGGAUUAUCAAAAGGCAUUAUUCGACUUCUUGACUGUGGACAGAAUAUCCCCGAAACACCCCGAAGCAACGCAGCGAAUUGCUGUGUUGCACGAUAUACACGGUUGUGAACUUCAUAGAGAAGGGAAACAUGAAGAAGCAGAGAGGGAGUUUAGUACCGCCAUUGCGACGUGCAGUACGGAGCCGGUGUUUUUUUACCAUCGCGCGAGAUGUCGCUUUGAUAUGAACCAACCACGCUAUGCCUUGAGGGAUGUGCUGUCAUGUUACAACUUGAAUCCAACGGAUCCCCAAAUCCGUAACUUUGUACAUGCACAUCUCUCAGCAUUUGAUCAGAAGGUUAUAGCUGGUGGUGAGCAUGGCGGGGACCUUUUGGGGGGCCUGCCAGGUGUCACGCGUCCUUCGCCUCCCAACCGCCAAAAUGUCACCAAGUCUACUGGGAUGCUACGGCAAAAUCGGAGAGACAAGCAGCUAGUGGAGGGCAAGCGCCUAAUAUUGAUGAGGGAGGGUGACGGGUUGUCAAGAGCAUUUGGAGACACUUUAACCUGUAGGAAGGUUCCACUUGCAUUGUCUGAUAAGGGUAGCCGUGGCCACUCCACGACAUGUACCUAA